AAGACCCACUCGCCCGCUACGGUGUGCGCAGGCGCAGUAGCUGCACACGUGCUCAGACUCCGUCUUCGCACACAUACAGCAGCAGCAGAAGUUCGGCGUUUUUUCUGCAGACAUCAUGAAACCAGGUUUCAGUCCUCGUGGGGACAGAGGAGGAUUCAGAGGAGGAAGAGGUGGAGGAGGAAGAGGAGGAUUUGGUGACCGUGGACGAGGAGGAUUCAGAGGAGGAAGAGGUGGAGGGUUCAGGUCUCCAGACAGUGGAGGAUUUCGAGGACGAGGAGGUGGCAGAGGGACCCCGAGAGGAAGGGGAGGAGGAAGAGGAGGGUUUGGAGGAGGGAGGAAGGUCCUGAUUGAGCCACACAGACAUGAAGGCGUGUUUAUCUGCAGAGGGAAGGAGGACGCCCUGGUGACGAAGAACAUGGUGGUGGGAGAGUCUGUGUACGGCGAGAAGAGGAUCAGCGUAGAGGAGGGAGAAGCGAAGACUGAAUACAGAGCUUGGAAUCCGUUCCGGUCCAAGCUGGCAGCGGCCAUCUUGGGAGGUGUGGACCAGAUCCACAUCAAGCCCGGAGCAAAGGUCAUGUACUUGGGCGCUGCCUCUGGAACCACUGUGUCCCACGUCUCAGACAUCGUUGGACCAGACGGGCUGGUUUAUGCUGUGGAGUUUUCCCAUCGAUCCGGUCGGGACCUUCUCAACGUGGCCAAGAAGCGGACCAACAUCAUUCCUAUCAUCGAAGAUGCUCGACACCCUCACAAAUACCGGAUGCUGGUCGGAAUGGUGGACGUUAUAUUUGCAGAUGUUGCUCAGCCUGACCAGACCAGGAUUGUCGCUCUGAAUGCUCACAACUUCCUGAAGAACGGCGGACACUUUGUCAUCUCAAUAAAGGCUAACUGUAUUGACUCCACGGCAGCUCCAGAGGCCGUGUUUGCUUCAGAGGUGAAGAAGAUGAGCUCUGAGAACAUGAAGCCACAGGAGCAGCUGACGCUGGAGCCCUAUGAGAGGGACCACGCUGUGGUGGUCGGCAUCUACAGACCUCCACCCAAACAGAAGAAAUGAGAAGGUGAACCGGAGCGGUGUGGACCUCACCGACGUCCUGACAUCAUGUUCACUUUUCUUUUUCAUAGUUAAAUAAGCAGCCAUGAAUCCCUGGAGAGUGGGUGAUGAUGGGAGGACAUCAGGACAGAUCAGACUGGGACAUGGUGACUUCACGUGUAAAGACUUAUCCAGAUGUUCAACAUGUGUCCUGUAAACAUGAAUUUGCUCAGUUCUGACAGAUGUUAAACACAAUUUAUCCAAAAUAUGUUUAUUAUAAGUAGAAAAGGGCUUUUUGUUCCAGUUUUCACUCCUGGUUGUUUUCAUAAUGAAUAUGUGUGAAGAUUG